AUCAUUCUAAAAUUAGCAAACUAAAGUCAAGUCCGCCGUACAAAAGUAACUACUACUUCAACCCACUUUUCGAUAUGGAUGAUUUGAGCCCGUCUUCUGACCCGAACGCAUACGGUUCGGGUUACGCCCAACCCACGAGGAGGAGCCUCUCUGACGGAGUUAUACUAGCGUCAGCAAAGCCAAAGAAGCGGGCAGGCAGGACAAAGUUCAAGGAGACGCGACAUCCAAUUUAUAGAGGGGUAAGGAUGAGGAAUGCGAAUAAAUGGGUUUGUGAAGUACGAGAGCCCAAUAAAAAGACUCGAAUAUGGCUUGGGACAUACCCAACUGCUGAGAUGGCGGCUCGAGCUCAUGACGUGGCAGCAUUGGCAUUACGUGGCAACCAAGCUUGUUUGAAUUUUGCUGACUCGGUGUGGCGGCUGCCAGUACCGGUCAGCAAUGAUGCGGAGGACAUUCGUAAGGCGGCAGCGGAGGCGGCUGAGGCUUUUAGGCCAAAAGAUAUGGAAGUGGAGGUUGGUGACAACAUGGUAGAUGGUGAAGAGAUGGUAACAACAAGUGUUGACGUAGAGGAGGCUAGUCAUUAUGUGGAUGAGGAGAGUGUUUAUUACAUGCCUAGAUUAAUAUCUGACAUGGCAGAAGGUAUGUUAUUGUCACCACCUCGUUGCUUAGUUGGAUGGAGUCCGGAUGACGUGGAAAGUCCACACGAUGACAUGUCACUUUGGAAUUUCUCGAUUUGAAACCCUUUUUGGUUUAUACUUUUAUUAUAGCAACUCAAAUUACAAUAAAUAGUAAAAAAAAUUGCUAAAACUAUAGAGUUCUGAUAAUAUUUUUUGAUGAAAACUUUGUAUAGAGUUUUCUUUUAAUUUUUUGAAUGUAUAUGAUUUACUGGUCAUCUUUAAGG